UUAAAGACUAGAGUUGAAAUUUAUACACCCGCACGUCUCCUCUCCGCGAACGUUUCGAGGACGAGCAGAGAUGGAUCAAUGUUGCGCAUGCUGGCGCAUGUGAGAUAACGGCACGUGAGAUGUUACGUUGUGUCAUCUCCUUGCUGAUCCUUCCCUCCUUAUCGUCGUCUAUGUCAGUAGUCUACGUCUGUUAGACAGAAGUAGUCAGACUUGCGAAGUGGUCGGACGUACUCGAACUCAAAAUGAAGGACCACGACGGAUCGUCUCAGCAAAAAAAGCCUACGAAACUUAAGAAUCAUUCGGACAAAACUGAAGCGUUUGAUUCCUUGCACGUAAAAAAUGCCGAGAAAACUCUUUGCACGAAUCAACUCUGUCUCGGUAGCAUAAUGCAACUGCCGCUUCACGGAAACGAACCGCGUACAAAAGAGGAAGUCUUGGUUCAAGCAAAAGACUUUUUGGAACAAUAUUUCACUUCUAUUAGAAGAUUGAAUAGCGAUGCUCAUCGCGCACGUUGGGAAAGCGUGCAAAAAGAAGUGAAUUCAACCGGUACAUAUCAAUUAACAGAAACGGAAUUGGUUUUCGGCGCGAAGGUAGCAUGGCGAAACGCCGUGCGUUGCAUCGGCCGCAUACAGUGGUCAAAAUUGCAGGUUUUCGAUUGUCGCUACGUUACAACUACGAGCGGCAUGUUCGAGGCUUUAUGCAAUCAUAUUAAAUAUAGUACAAAUAAAGGAAACAUCAGAUCCGCGAUAACUAUAUUUCCACAGCGCACCGACGGAAAGCACGAUUAUAAAGUAUGGAAUAGACAAUUGCUCAAUUAUGCGGGAUACAAAAAUCCAGACGGCACUAUUCUCGGCGAUCCUGCUAACGUAGAAUUUACCGAGAUUUGCAUGAAAUUGGGAUGGAAAGCGCCACAAACCAGAUUUGACAUAUUACCAUUAGUUUUAUCCGCCAAUGGACAUGAUCCGGAUUAUUUUGAUAUUCCCAAAGAUUUGGUACUAGAAGUGCCUCUUAGUCAUCCCACGUAUGAUUGGUUCGAAAAACUGGAUCUAAAGUGGUACGCUAUUCCGGCUGUAUCUGCAAUGGUUUUUGAUUGCGGCGGCUUGGUGUUUACCGCGGCGCCUUUCAACGGCUGGUAUAUGAGCACCGAGAUUGGUUCUCGAGAUUUGUGUGACGCAAGUCGAUAUAACAUGCUUGAGACAAUAGCGACAAACAUGGGUCUGGACACUAGAACGCCAACAUCGUUAUGGAAAGACAAAGCGAUGGUAGAAGCUAAUGUCGCGGUGCUCCACAGUUUUCAAAUAAAGAACGUGACGAUCGUAGAUCAUCACACCGCUAGCGAAUCUUUCAUGAAACAUUAUGAGAAUGAAAUGCGUCUUCGUAACGGCUGUCCCGCUGAUUGGCUCUGGAUUGUGCCACCGAUAUCCGGAUCCGCGACGCCGGUGUUUCAUCAAGAAAUGGCGCUUUAUCAUUUAAAGCCGUCUUACGACGCUCAGGAUCCAGCGUGGAAAACCCACGUGUGGAAAAAAGGACGCGAUAAAAAAUCGACGACAAAGAAGCCGAGACGAAAGUUUCACUUCAAGCAAAUUGCCCGAGCCGUUAAAUUUACAUCCAAGUUAUUUGGACGUGCGUUAUCGCGACGUAUAAAAGCAACCGUGUUAUUUGCCACGGAGACCGGAACGUCCCAAAUGUACGCGGAAAAAUUAAACGAAUUAUUAGGCCACGCUUUUCAUUCUCAAGUACUUUGCAUGGCGGAUUAUGAUAUUAGCAACAUAGAACACGAGGCUCUACUGAUGGUGGUGACGUCUACAUUUGGAAAUGGCGAUCCACCGGAAAAUGGAGAGGCCUUCGCGCAAAAUCUAUACGCGAUGAAAAUGAAUGAUGCUUAUACAAACAGCGAGAAUAAAAUUAAUUUGGCAACUUCCAAAUCAUUUAUUAAAGCUAAUAGUCAAACGGAAGUAAGCGGAUCGAAGAAGUUGGACAGAUUGGAUUCCUUGCGUGGUUCUACAACAGACUCGCAAGCUGAAGACACAUUUGGACCUCUAAGUAAUGUCCGAUUUGCUGUAUUCGCAUUAGGUUCGUCCGCUUAUCCGAACUUUUGCGCGUUUGGUCGUUAUGUCGACAACUUGUUGGGCGAAUUGGGCGGAGAACGGCUGGCGCGUUUAGCUCAGGGAGACGAGAUGUGCGGACAGGAGCAAGCUUUUCGGAAAUGGGCGGCUGACAUUUUUGCGAUCGCAUGCGAAACUUUCUGCUUGGAUGAUGACGACACGUUGUUGGAAAUGGCUUUGUCUUUAGGCUCCGAAGCUUUAUCUCCAUCAACGGUUCGUUUUGUAGAAGCCGAUUCUCAACCGAUCACUAAUGCGUUGAUCAAAUGUCACAACAAAAACGUAACGAUGUGCAACAUGCUUCGCAAAACCAAUUUAAGCGGCAACAAAUCGAGCAGUACAACAUUGCUCCUGGAACUAGGCACCAUAGAGGGCAUGGACAUCUCUUAUAAACCGGGGGAUCAUUUAGGCGUAUUUGCGUGUAAUCGAGCUGAGCUUGUGGAUAAGAUCCUGCAACGUGUGCAGUCUCCUUUCGAUCCCGAUACACCGGUCGAAUUGCAAUUGCAAAAGCAAGCGCAUACUCCCAAUGGCAUUGUGAAAACGUGGGUACCUCAUGAUAGAUAUUUGCCAAAUUCUCUCAGAAUGAUGUUGAUUCGAUUUAUGGACAUUACAACGCCACCCACGCCAAAUUUGCUAAGAUAUUUCGCUUCGAUAGCUACGAAUGAGAAGGAACGGACGCAACUUGAUCUUUUGGCCUCUGAUCCGACAGCUUAUGAAGACUGGAGACAUUGGAAAUUUCCCAAUUUGGCUGAAGUUUUGGACGAGUUUCAAUCUGUGACUCCGUUUGCUCCGUUGCUUCUGCUUCAUCUAACACCGUUGCAACCGCGAUUUUACAGCAUCUCGUCAUCACCAGAUGUUCACCCAAAUCAAAUACACUUGACGGUUGCAGUGGUACAAUAUCGAACGCAAGACGGUUCUGGACCGGUACACUUUGGCGUUUGUUCCAAUUAUUUGCGAGACACAUCCAAAGGAGAAUCAUUAUAUGUGUUUGUACGCAGCGCUCCUAACUUUUAUAUGCCGACGAAGACUGAAGCACCGAUGAUACUAGUAGGACCGGGCACGGGAAUUGCUCCUUUCCGAGGUUUCUGGGAACAUCGCUUCUAUCAGAUGAAAUUCGAGAAGAAGCAAACAUUUGGCAGGAUUUGGCUGUUCUUCGGUUGUCGUCAGAAAAACUUGGAUUUAUACAGGCAAGAGAAAAAAGAAAUGUUGGAAGCAGGUGUCUUAGACAAGGUGUUUCUAGCACUGUCCCGAGAACCUGGUUUUAAGAAGACCUAUGUGCAAGAUUUGAUUCAAGCGGAAGCGCCUCAGAUUUACGCGAUGAUAGUGCGUGAGCGCGGGCAUUUCUAUGUUUGUGGUGACUGUACAAUGGCUGAGGACGUUUAUCAAACCUUGAAACAAAUAAUACAAACGCACGGUAAAAUGGCAGAUAAAGAAGUCGAAGAGUACAUGUUAUCGCUCAGGGAUGAGAAUCGGUAUCAUGAGGAUAUAUUCGGUAUAACAUUACGCACGGCUGAAGUGCACAAUCGAUCACGAGAAACCGCCAGAAUCCGAAUGGCCGCAGAACCAUAAAAAUAUAUAUUA